AUGAGCUCCAAGGAAGGCUUCCAAUGGACUGCUGCAACCGGAUUAAAGAGUGGACUGCCAUGCGAGGGAGUGAAGCUCCCAUCCAAGAAGCUGCCCGCCAGUGGUCGCUACGAUGUGAUCGUAAUUGGCGCGGGAUUCGCAGGUAUCAUUGCGUCGCGAGAUCUAGCUUUGCGAGGCCAUAAAGUGCUUCUGCUGGAAGCUCGCGACCGCAUUGGUGGCAGAGCCUGGACCAGCACCAUAGAUGGGUUCCCUUACGAGAUCGGCGCCGCCUGGUUUCACUGGAAUCAGCCGCACAUGUUGAGUCAAGUCAGUAGGUAUGGCCUCCAAGGUGAAUUGAACUUCUCGUUCGACCUCUCCGGUGGCGUGGACAAGUCCAACCUGCACAUCGAAGAUAUGCCUCAAGGAGAGGUAGAUACGGAAGUGAGCGUUGACGAGCAAGACUCCAUGUACGAAAAGCUCGGCGCAUUGUAUUUCAACGUCGACGGGGAGAUGGGUCGCAAAGUGAUGCCGUACCCGGCACUGCCCUUCCACAACCCCGAAGUCCUCGAGUACGACAAUCUUACAGCAUUUGAUCGGGUAGAACAGAUCCGCGAGGAUUUGACGGACCUUGAGGCCAAUGCUCUCAAGUCAUAUCUGUUGCUUCUUAGCGGAGGAACGGCCGAAAAUACGGGGUUCUUGGACCUGUUGCAUUGGUGGAUGCUCUGCAACAAUCAGUCGGGAACUUUUGGCAGCCAGGCCGACGCGUACAAGCUGAAGCACGGCACAACGACACUCGUUCGCCGUUUUCUGGACGACGGCCUCAGAUCAGGAAACUUGGAGGUCUUGCUGUCUCACCCGAUCAGCAGCAUCACCGACGAGAAAGGCCAGGUAUCCGUCUCCUCGAAUGGUGACACGUAUAGCGCGGCGAGGGUCAUCUCGACAAUCCCACUGAACGUGCUCAGCACUGUCGACUUCUCGCCUCCCCUCUCGCCGGCGAAGAAGGAGGCCCUCGCACACGGCCACGUCGGACUUCACACCAAAGUCCACUUCGACGCCAUGGGAACGGACCUACGCACUUGGUCAGGGUACUCCUACCCCGGUCAUGGGCUCCUUUACGCCUAUGGUGACGAGACGACUUCUCGCGGCAGCACCCAUGUUGUCGCCUUUGGAGCCUCGACAAACGUCCUCGAGGGCGAGAACAACGUGGAGAAGAUCCAGAAGGCGCUUCAUCAUCUCCGGCCCGACGUCAAUAUUGAACGCAUCCUGUUCCACGAUUGGGUCAAAGACCCGUACUCACGAGGCUCAUGGUGCAUGUUUUCCAAGGGCUUCGCGUCGCAAUAUCUGAGCACUCUUCAAGAGCCACACGGAAAUGUGUGGUUUGCCAGUGCCGAUUGGGCGGAUGGCUGGAGAGGAUUCAUCGACGGUGCGAUUGAACAGGGAGCACACGUAGCGCAGGAUGUCGCUGAUUCGUUCUCUCUGACGUAA